CCCUCCCACUCCCCAGCGAACCCGGAAGUGGCGCCCGCAGGCGGGAGCGGCCUGCAGGAGCCGGUUCUUGCAGCUAAAUGGGGGCGUUGAGUGGGGCUGGAGCGAUGGGAGCGGCUGUGGCGGCCUUUUACGUGACAGCUGCCCCCCACUCCGCGCUCGGGGGAGACUCUGGGGAACUGAUCACAGCUGCCUAUGAGCUUGGAGUUGCUCAUCCUCCUGGCUACCCCCUCUUCACUCUUUUGGCUAAACUGGCCAUUGAGCUUUUUCCCUUUGGUUCUGCUGCGUAUCGUGUCAAUCUCCUCUGCGCCUUGUUGGGGGCAGCUGCAGCAUCGCUUCUGUUUUAUACAGUUGUCAGGCUUUCUGGCUCGCAGGCGGCAGGAGUCUUUGCUGUGGGGAUGUUUUCGUUUUCCCGUCUAACGUGGCAAUGGUCUAUCACAGCAGAGGUUUUCAGCUUAAACAAUCUGUUUGUGGGGCUGCUGAUGGCGCUUUCCGUGCAAUUCGAGGAAGCAACAACUGCAAAAGAGAGAUCAAAGAUCUGUAAAGUGGGUGCCUUCUCUUGUGGACUUAGCAUGUGCAACCAACAUACCAUUGUGAUCUACGUGCUUUGCAUUGCUUUGUGGGUUUCCUCUCGCUUGUUCAGAGAGAGAGAGGUGACCCUGAGCAAUGUGCUGAAAUUAGGCUCCUGCUUCUUGGCUGGUUGUCUGCCUUAUCUCUACUUGCCUAUCUCUGCCUACCUCAAUAAAGCCCGAUGGACCUGGGGAGACCAGACAACCUUGAAAGGAUUUAUGACCCAUCUUCUCCGGGAAGAGUACGGCACAUUCAAUCUGGUAAAAUUGGAAAAUGGAUCCAGUACGACUGAUGUAUUGCUUUUUCAGGUAACCCACAUGAAGAUGGAACUUUCCCUGGUUGUCCUGGCCUUUGCAGUUGCUGCAUGUGUAUGCUGUGCAGUGAGGCCGAAGACAGAGAAGUCACAGCUGAUUUGGCUCUUUAUGUCAAUGUUAUUGAUAUACUCUCUUUUCUUUGCUUGGAGGGCAAAUUUGGAUAUUUCAAAGCCCCUGUUUAAGGGGGUGGUCGAGCGAUUCUGGAUGCAAAGCAAUGCAGUGAUUGUCGUUCUAGCUGGCUUUGGCUUCUCUUUACUCUUUUUUCUUGUUGAGAUAUUUAUUGGAAACAGCAGAAUGGUUUACAGUUUGGAAUGGCUUCUGGCAGCUGUUCUUGUUACUGCUCAAAUCUAUUCCAAUUACAGUGUCUGUGACCAAAGUAACAACCAUGUUGUUGACCGGUUUGCCAUGAAUGUUUUGUCCUCCAUGCCUCCAGAUGCCAUCAUCUUGCUAAGAGGGGACCUGCCUGGGAAUUCUCUUCGCUACAUGCAUCACUGUGAGGGUAUAACUGAUAUCACCUUAGUUGACCAAGAGAUGAUGACUUACCAUUGGUAUUUGCCAAAGCUGGCUAAACUACCUGGUGUCACCUUUCCUGGGCACCGUUGGAAUCCUGUAGAAGGGCCAUUACCGGAUGGAACAAUCACAUUCAACCUUCAUCAUUUCCUCAAAGUAAAUAGACAGAAAGACACCUUUGUCUGUAUUGGACUCCAUGAAGGGGACCCUACUGAAAAAGACUAUUCCCUUUGGCCCUGGGGCUCUUGUGAUAAACUUGAAUCUUCAAAAGUUCCCUUUGAUCCUGAAAUGUGGGGUGAGCAUACCCAAAACCUCUACAACUGGACUGAGGAAUAUGGAAGGUUUGACUCAUCUUCCUGGGAGUUGGUAGCAAAUGAAGAGAUGUGGCAAGCCAGGAUGAAAACAGCCUUCUUUCUUUUUGACCUUGCAGAAACUGGUUCCACAUCUGUGGAAGAGAAAGCAAAGCUUUACAUCCUUGCUUAUAAGCUGUACAAGGAAAUUGUAAACAUGUACAAAAGUCAUCCAGUGAACUGGCACAAAAAUUACGCCAUCGCCUGCGAGAGGGUGCUACAUCUUCACCCAGCGAAGGAAGACCCAGAAGUGCUACUCUUAGAAAUCAUCAAACACUUCCGCUUUUACUUGGAGGAAGCUGCAGAUGAUCCCCAGCAGAGCAGCAUUUUGCAAGCCAUAAAGCAUAUGAAGAAAGAACUUCGGGAAGUGAGAAAACUGAAGAAGGCAGCGAGGCGGCUUGCAUAGGAUGUGCUGAUGAGGUCCAAGGGAAAAUUUGUUGGAGAGGAAAUGAAGAGUAAGAGAAGGAUUCCGUAGAUUGUGGGGGGG